ACUAUGAGUCCCUAAUUUCCAAGCCACUUUGCUGAGAUGACCGGCACAAUAUCGCAACUUGGCAGCUUGAGCGGAUCCAGCAGGCGAACUCAACAGUCAUGUCAAAAUCGGACAAAGUGGUGCUGGUUCUGGGUGGAGCAGGGACAGUCGGCUCUGGAAUCGUGAAAGCGCUGCUGGAUAAAGGUUUCAAAGUUGCAGUGAUCUCGAGAGACAGCAACCGGCUGGAGAAACUGAGAUCAUUCAUCUCUGCCGACAUGAAAGACAGCCUCAUCACAAUAGUGGGGGAUGUGGGCUCAGAAGACGGAGUGGAGCAGGCAAAGCAGGCCCUGCUUGAGAAGGUGGGGAAGAUUACAGAUGUCAUUUCCUGUCUGGGCUUCAGUUGGUGGCAGGGAGGACCCCCGCAUACCCAGACCCUCAAAGAUCUGCACUGGGUCAUUGAGUCAUUACUCUUUAGCAUGUUUGUGUCAUGGAAGGCCUUCUUUCCUUUGGUCAAGGAUGAUUCCAAAUGUACCUACACCUUUAUCACAGGGGGAGCAGGAGAGAAGCUUUUGAUGCAUGGUACUGGUUUCCUGACUGUGGGAGCUGCCAGUGCUCUGGCCUUCUGCCAGGUUCUACGAGAGGAGUACUCAGAAUCGCCCUGCAAACUCUACCAAAUGAAGAUUGACACAGGUGUUGCUACAAUGGAGCGAAUGGCCCCCGGGUACUUGAAUCACCUUGACCUGGGUGAGGCUGUUGCCAAACUGGUGGAACGACAAUACACAUCUCACACUAUCUUUACCAUCAGCUGCCCUGCAGACUUAAAAACUGUUUUUCUGGAUGGAAACUUUUAAAAUGUAAAAACUACACCAUGUUCUCAGUGUUGUCACACAUCUGCAUUUCUACUGCAAUUACUCUUACUUUUAACUCCUUAGAAAUAGAUAUAUUCUGGUUGUUGUAUUUGCAACUGUUUUGUAACAUAGUUAGUUGUGUCCAAAAUGUGUGUGCAAAAUAAAUAAAAUAUAAAUAUAAAAAAUACUCCAAUACCUGAAAUCAUUACUUUAAAGACAGUAGACGUUGCACAAUUUAUUAUCAGUACAAAGAGGUCAGAUAACAGAUUGAGCAGUGGAGCCAGAGUGGAGCUCAAUGGCUUUAUACCGCAUCACAUGCAGUUGAGUCAAGACAAUUGUCAUACAUGUAAGAUACGUUUUCCAUCACAAUUGUAAAAAGAUCCAUGACAAACUGAACAAAGGCUUUUUAAAAAUAAUCGUUACAUUUAAAGUUAUGUCCAUGGUCCAAAUAUUAAGUAUUAAGGAAUAUUAUGGAACUUCAUAAAUCACAUCUUAAUCUUGAGAAUUUAUCAAUCCGGUGACAAAGGAAGUACAAAAACUUUUAAAAAUAAACUAACGUGGGGUAUUAUGAGAACAACACAAAAAGACUAUUAUAAUCAGCUGUUACAAAAGCCCCCUCCUUGAGCCGUCACCUUAUCGUGGUGGAGGGGUUUGUGUGUCCCAAUGAUCCUAGGAGCUAAGUUGUCUGGGGCUUGAUGCCCCUUGCAGGCAUCAAGCCCCUGCAAGGGGCAUCAAGGCAUUUUUUACUAGCUGUUCGCAACCAACCCAUUUUGGCUCCCAACCCACCAGUUGAGAAUGAUUGGUCUAGGGCGGAUUCGUAAGCGACAUCAAAUGGCAGAGAUGCAUUUCAAGUUUAGAAUUGCCUGAGGAACUUUUGCUUCCGUGGACGUUACCAUGCUGUGUGAAAAAAGUAGUUUCACAUCUGAAAAGUUAUUUGAUGUUGAAAACAGCAACAUUAUGGGCAAGCUACUGGGAAAUGUGGUUAAACUAGCAACAUAGCUACUGCCUAACUGUAGCUGUACGUGAAAUAAGUGACACACAAAGCAUACAACAUUCACACUGUGUGAGAGAAAAGUUCAUGAACUGAUUUGUUCAUGAACAGAGGUUGCACUUAUGAAACAGGCAGGAGGAGUUUGACACAUUAACGUGGCUCUAGCGUGACUGUCCUGUUCACAGGCACGAGCACCGACCCCACUGUCUGUCUAUUUAGGGCAAAUUGUCCCAUUAGAUAAAUAGAAGUUGGGAGGGCAACCCAAAUCUGAGUACAAGAGGGAGCAUUGUUGCCUUGUAUCCUCCCCUGUUAAAGCGCCCAUGCCAUCUGAGCAAGUGUUCAUAUGUUAUACCAAUGUCUGUACUCGGAGUUUGAGCGAGGAUUACCGAGAUGAGGAGUUGCUGAACAAAAUAGAAUGACCGAAUGAUGUAGGAGGAAUAGCAAUAUCAGUUAUUUAGUUAAACAACACAUUUCAUCCAAGGGUUCUGUCUUCUUGAUAGGGGCUAUAGACCGACUUGAAUACACACACACCGUGUUGGGAAAAUUACUCUGGAAAUGCAUUACAAAUGACCUUGUUGAAAAUGUAAUGGAAAUGUAACCAUAGAUUAACCACAUUUGUUCUUUAUGCAAAUAAUAAACUGAUAACAAAACAUGAUGAAAUGUGUUUGUUGCAUUUUAUAUAUAUAUACAUAAACACA